GCAAAAGGAAAGCGAAACACAGCCGCCAACAUGGACUUCCAGGCAGGAGGGAACCCCUUCCUGAUGGACGACGCGGACUACGGCGCGCCGGCCGGUGACGCCGCCAGCUCCAACCCGUUCUUGACCGGCGGCGACUACGAAAUGCCGUCCAUGGCGGAGAACCCGUUCUUCAGCGCCAUGCAGGGCGGCGCGGAGCAGGGCGCGUACGCGGCCACCAACGGCGCCAGCACCAACCCCUUCGCCGCCUUCGCCGACCCGGAGCCCGCUCCGGUGGCGGCGGCGGCCCCCGGCUGGGACGCGUACGGCGGCCAGGCGCAGCCCGCGGUGCAGCCCAUGGUGCAGGACACGCGGCAAGUGCCGUCCUCACUCCAGCUGCAGGGUCAGCCCGCCCAGCCCGACUACUGCAUGGAGACGGCCGACAUUUUCGCGGCCGGAGGCGUGGCGCGCGCACAACCGCCCAGCCAGCCCACUUCGGGGCGCAGCUCCCCGAUGAGGCCGCCGCCGCCUCGCCCUGGCCCGCCAGAGGAGACCAAGAACCUCAUCUUGAGCGUGACGGGCGCCAUGGAGGCCACGUCGUCGCACCUGCUCGACCGCCUGCCCCCCACCCGCACACCCAGCCCCACCCUGAUGCGGGACACCCCCAGCCCGCCCACGGACGUGCACUACGCGGACUUCCUCGGAGUGGGCUUGGGCGGCAGCGUCGCGCCGGACACGACCGGCGCGGAGGAGGCUAACCUGCUCGGCGACCUGGACGACCUGGGCGUGCCACCGCCUAUCACAGCGCAGUCGAUGACGGAGCAGCCCCACGGCAACAUCAUGGACAUGUUCAACGCGGCGCCACCCGCAGCUGUGGUGGUGCCCGCCGCGGCCAGCGGCAUGUACGGCGUGCCCGCGCCAGAAGCCGCCGCCAGCGAGCCGCUGCCCGCACCACCCGCACCGGAGAUACAGCCCGCAGCACCCACCCCGGCCACCGAACCAGAGCCCGCUCCCAUUCCUGUUCCAGCCCCCGCUCCCGCACCUAUUCCUGCCCCUGCCCCUGUUACUCCCCCAGCGCCUGUCGCGGCUGAGGUCGCUGCAGUCACCUCGCCGCCAAGCGCCGCCCCCGCCCCGCCAAGCAGCACGCCCGCCAGGAUGCCCCCUGCGCGCCCACCCCCGGCAAGGCCUCCUCCGGCGCGGCCCGCACCGCCGCCCAAGGCGCCUUCGCCCGUCAUGUCGCCCGUCGCACCGCCCCCGCCCGCACCGGUCGCCGCCAGCCCUGACGCCGCGCACCCGCUGCCCCCCGCACCAGAGGUUCCCGCCCGCACGCCGAGCGCCGCGACGACGCCCACUAGGCCGGACUUGCCGCCACCGCCGUCGUUCGUGCCGGCGAUGCAGCCGGAGCAGACUGACUUGUUCGGCACGCACCCCGCCGUCAACGGCGGCCCCAAGAAGACGUCCGAGAUCAUGAACUUGUUCGGCUCGGACACGGCGGCCGUCAACGCACUCAACUCGGCUCCCGCCCAGGCAGCCAACGACUUCUUCGGUGGGGGCGGGGGCUUCGAUCCCCGUGCCGCCCCCGCCGCAGCACCGCCCCCGGCAGCCGCUGACGCGUUCGGCGCCACUGGAGACAGUGACUUCGACGCGUUCUCGGCCAAGUUCGACAGCGUGGGCAGCACCGUCGUCAGCUCUGACCCCUUCGCUGACCCUUUCGGCGGCAGUGGUGGCGCCGCCCCCAGUGGAGGAGACGCCUUCGGUGGGAGUGAUGCGUGGGGAGCGAGUGGGACCGAGGUAUCCAGCGGUGGCGGUGGAGGCUUCGGCGGCGAAGACGGCUUUGACGACUUCCUGUCGCUGCAGGCGCCGCCCCCCGUGCCGCAGUCCACGCCCGCCCGGGUGUCCAGAGCCGGUUCGGCCGACUCGGACGACGGACCCGACUUCAGAGUGGUCAUCAAGCCGCAGGGCGGCUCGGCGUACGACGCGGCUGACGGCUUCGUGCCGCAGCUCGCGGGGCCCCCGCAGCCGAGGAUGCAGACUGCCUUCGUGGACUCGGCGCCGCGCUUCAACCCGUUCGACAAGGGCGGUGAGAUGGCGGCCGCCGCGCAGCAGGAGCAGGCACGACCACCCAUGACUCCGCCCGGCGGCGACUUCAAGCGCACCGACUCCGCCGAGACGCCGCCGACGCCGCUCUACGACGAGGACACUUCCUACCCGCUCGAGGACUUCCCCCGAAUCCACUACGACGGCCAGGGCUGGGAGAUGCAGCUGCGUCAGCCCAACCGCAAGAAGAUCACCGGGCAGAGGUUCUGGAAGAAGAUAUUCAUCAAGCUGGUGUACCAGGGUGACAACCCAGUGCUGCAGCUCUUCAACACCCCCAAUGACAAAGAUCCCUUCCAGGAGCUGCCUUUGCAGCCGUGCUACUGCGUCUCUGACAUAAGCGCUCAGCAGUUCGACCAGUACGGCAAGAUCUUCACGGUGAAGCUGCAGUACGUGUUCUACAAGGAGCGGCCGGGCGUGCGGCCCGGCCAGGUCACCAAGGCGGAGCGCAUCACCAACAAGCUGAGCCAGUUCGCCGCGUACGCCAUCCAGGGCGACUACCAGGGCUGCAAGGAGUUCGCGUCGGACCUCAAGAAGCUCGGCAUGCCGGUGGAGCACGCGCCCCAGAUCUCACAGCUGUUCAAGAUCGGCUCGCAGAACUACGAGGACAUGAAGCAGUUCUCGAUCGUGGUGGAGGAGGCCCUGUUCAAGCUGCCCGCGCACCGGGACCGCGCGCUCAACUACAAGCAGGAGGAGGUGCAGAUCACGGCCGUGGACGAGCUGUACGUGGAGCAGGACAAGUUCGGCCACGUGGAGCGCCAGAUCGCGCGGGUGCGCCUCUUCUUCCUCGGCUUCCUGUCCGGCAUGCCCGACAUCGAGCUGGGCGUCAACGAGAUCUCGCGCCAGGGCAAGGAGGUGGUCGGCCGCCACGACAUCAUCCCCGUCAUCACGGAGGAGUGGAUCCGCCUGGAGAACAUCGAGUUCACGUCGUGCGUCCAGCUGGACGAGUACGACCGCACCAAGACCAUCAAGUUCAAGCCGCCAGACGCUUGCUACAUCGAACUGAUGCGCUUCCGCGUGCGGCCGCCCCGGAACAGGGAGCUACCCCUGCAGCUCAAGGCCGUCUACGUCAUCACGGGGAACAAGGUUGUGCUCCGGGCGGACAUCUUAGUGCCUGGCUUCUCCAGCCGGAAGUACGGCCAGAUUCCGUGUGAAGACAUUUGCGUCCGCUUCCCCAUCCCGGAGUGCUGGAUCUACCUGUUCCGGGUAGAGAAGCACUUCCGGUACGGCUCCGUCAAGUCAACCCACCGCAGGACCGGCAAGGUGAAGGGAAUCGAGCGCUUCCUGGGCGCGGUGGACACCCUGGACCAGUCGCUGCUCGAGGUCACCUCUGGCCAGGCCAAGUACGAGCACCAGCACCGCUCCAUCGUGUGGAGAGUCCCUCGCCUGCCCAAAGAGGGUCAAGGGGCCUACACCACGCACGGGCUCGUCUGCAGGAUGAACCUCACGUCGUUCGACCAGAUUCCUCAAGACCUCCAAACGCUGGCGCGGUACGCGUACGUCGAGUUCACGAUGCCUCAGACGCAGGUGUCGCACACCACGGUGCGCUCCGUGUCCAUCCAGCCCCAGCCCGACGAGCCGCCCGAGAAGUACGUCCGGCAGCUGUCGCGGCACGAGUACAGGGUGGAGGUGGACUUCACGGAGGGCGAGGGCCCCGCGGCCUACAUCGCCGCUACCAUGACCAAGCCCGCCGCCCCCGCGCCCGCCCCCGCCCCGGUGCCCGAGGAGAAGCACGAGGAUAGCGACAGUGACAGCGACUAGGGGCAGCGCCGCGCUGCUGUGACUCGACUUUUGUUGAAUUUCAGAUGAUGAGAAAACAUGUAUCUUGGAUAAGUUAGCUUUUUGCCGUUGUGUAUGUGAGUAUGUGUGAGUGCGUGCGCGACGAGUGCACAAUCUGAUUGUUGCAUAGCGUGUCACAUCCCCCCCCUCCCCUCUUGUUGCGGCAGUGUGCAGAGGAAUAAAGUGUUCUUUAUUUUCUUCCAACGAUCUCGUUGUCUUCAAAGUGUAGUCAUUGUUGCAAACCCGUCGGGUAUGGAUAUUUUGGCGAUAAUGUAGAUUUCCAUAAUCCGCUUUACAUAUUAUAAGAUGACUGAUAGAUACAGUUAAAUUAGGUAGACCGUAUAAUAUUCAUGAACCGUUGGUUUGUUACGCACGUAAAGCGCACUUCAUUGUGCUUAUAUUAUGUACAUACUGUAUGCCAAAAAGUAUUUUGUGAGUUAGCUUAAACUGUAGUGUGUAUCAGAUAACAAAUACUUAAUAUACUUAAUCUAAGCUUACUGAGUGUUAAAAAUGUAGGCUGUUACGCCUCCUGUUUUACUCAAAUGUACGUACGUAGCGUUAGUCUGUGUACAAUAUAAUAUGAAAACAUAACUAUUGAGACAAUAUUCGAAUCGCCGCACCGAUGGGAAAGACACACCCCACUGGUAGUGCUGUACGAUGAUUAGUCAUAAAGACGAGACGAUAAUUUUGGUUGUAUUAGUUCAGCAAAAUAACUAUGUCUAGAUGUAUAUUCCAUGGAACUUGUUGAAGUUCGUCUCAAUUAACAGUUAACUUAGUUUGGUGAUGUGAACGUAAAGCACUACAGUGAAACUCACACUCUAGCAUCAUCGCAUAUUUAUUAAGUGUUAUUGGUUGAAGGUGUAUCCAAUAUGUUAAGGAGAUCAUAUCAUCUUACCGACGUGAUAUUAUUGUUGUUAUUGUUAUUAAGAUUAUGUUGGUUUCGAGUUAGCAAAAUUAUUUCCUUUCACGUUAAGGGAUAUAUGAUUUGUCUGAUUUGUUCGUAAAAGAGUUCCAGAGUUCUUGUUAUUUUUGUCAUUCUUUGAAGUUCCUCAGUUCAGUUCCUCAUUUAUAUUAUAAAAACAAAAUGUAUAUUAGAGUGUGCACUUAUGAGUUUUUGUCUAGCAUUUUCUUCUUGUGUGUGUAAAACUAACCAAUUUAUAACGAAAGUCAGAUGAGUGGGUGUGGUAAGCGCACUCGCGAUUCUGACGCGAACCCGAUGAGUGAAGAAGUGCCAUACAGUCGGCUACAGUGUGACGUAGCAAUGUAAAUACUUUUGUUUCCUUAAAUUUCUUUUUCCCUUUAAACUGGUAUGAGAGCCACGCUCCGCCAGAGUGCAGAACUGUGGAGUAUAAUCUAGGAUUAGCGACACGCCGCCUAGCGUCGCCUCGAUGCGCCUAGGCGAGCGCUGUAUAUACACUUGUUUUUGUUCCUGUUCAUUCACAGGGUCAGUAGGCGGAAGAUUCGUGUAUUAGUUUUAAAACCGAGCCGUUGUCGUCAAAAACUAUGGCAGAGUGACCCGUUAGCUAAGUUGAGAUGCCGCGUGGCGCCGAGAAGGCUGCUAAACACCCUGUAAGCCUGAAUGUUGUGUUUCCUGCAUGACACCCUGGGAGGUGACAUUUUUGGUUUGCUUCGUGUGGGCGUUACGGCGGCAUCGCCCACUGUGAUAGCACAAAUAUUUGCAUUUAGAGGGCAAAAGACGUGUGAAUGGUUGAGGCGAGGUGCGAGUGAUAGGGAUGUGUGCAAGGGUAAGCUUAUUUUCUUGUCGUUCGGUAAGUGAGGCGUGACUGGGAGUCUCUCCGUCUUACAUCUCUGGAAUUUUUUUAAAACAUCCAGUAGGGUGUCGGGUAAGGAGCUUCUCAGUGGUCUUCCUCUUUCUUUUUCUUUUACCCCUUUUUUUGGCCGCUGAGGCUUUUAAACCUCCGGCUCAGCGACAUACCAAAGACAGCUAGUCACAGAGGUGGGAGCCCGAGCCCGCAGGUGCCACGCUGUGCACCGGGGCUGGUGCUUCGCACCCUUAUCGUAGUCUGUAAAUAGUGUAACGUUUAAGUUAGGUCAUAGUCUAACCUUUUUCGUUCAAGUUAUCUUAUUAAGUUGACCCAUUAUUUUUGCGGAUGUCACGAAAGUGUUUCCGAAGCGAGUGGAUUCUAGUCGGACUUGACAGUCCUAGGUUAAUUGUGUGGUUGUUAGACCUUCACGAAGGCGCUCCCAUCAUGACAAAUAAGAUACCGUACAAAGUAAUGAUCUAGAAUAAGUGCUAUUACAAUAACUAUUACGUAAUGAGGGCCCGUGCAAUAAACGGUUAGUGUAGGUGUCUAUAAUAAGUAUGCGUAAAUAAAUAACACGUAGAAAUAGUGUUGAUUUCCUUUUUAUUUUAUUUUGCGUUUUCAUCGACAGCUCUAGUGACUUGAUGGUCUUGUGGAUUGGUGAAGCUUUCGUCGCCCUUUCAGUCCUUGACCGGGACAACUUGGCGACGAAAGUCAAAUCAGUUCGCACCCACAGUCUCUACGACAUCGAUUGUCUCAACUUAAGCGGCAGAACGGAAAGUACUUAAAUAUUAGGUUUAACCACGCGCACUGCGUGGAACUGUAAAGAAUCAGCCUUUGGUUAAAACUUGCUCCUGCGGAGCACCAAAUGGAUUUUCCCUUACAGUUAUUUGUACAUACCAAUCAUAUGCUGGGGCCAAACGUAUCCUAGCCAAUAUCGAAGAUAUUUAUCAGCAUUUGUGAUCUAUAGCUUGCUAUUAAUUGUUGUUACUUGUGAUUUCCUUUGCCUUCGUUGUCUUGUUGUUAGCCUCUGCAGCUGCCCCUCCCCCUCCCCUUGUAUGAGAGUGCUUGUGUGCGGCUUUAAAGCUUAACUGUCUAUGUUAACAAGUAUGCUAUGUUCUGGAAGUUUAUUAAGAUGUCGCGCGAACAGAGAACCCUGUGUUUCUCCAUUCAAUUUGAGCGAACUCAACCAUUUUUCAGAGAAAUUGUCAUUUCUUCGUUCGUUGUGUAAAUAUGUCUAAGGCCAUAUUUUUGUGUGACGGCAAAUGUUUAUGACGCUUGUGUAGUGAGUUAUCAUUUAGAUUUAGGAUGGAGCACCAUUCGAUUUACGUAUAACUGGUUGAACGAAGUGUUCAUUAUACACAUCAUGUAAAUUUUGAACAAUAAGGAGAUGUAUGUAUCGGCUUGAUGGUAAAAGCACACAAGAUCACAAAUAUCAUCUGAUCUCAUAAUUUAAGAGGAAGCAUCAGCAAAACAUAAAGUUGAGACCAGCGUUCAGUGUUAAAAUUUAUCAAGUUUGGUAGAUCAAAUAUAUGAAUGUAAAUAGAUUAUUGCGUUGCCCGUGGCAUAUUUCAUUUAUUUUUGAUUUGAUGGAAAAAAAUUGUUAAAUUGCAAAGUGAACUCAGCAGACUCUUGUAUUCACAGGAAUGUUAAGUUGUGUGUUAAAAUGCAUUUCAAAACGAUUAAAUAAAGAUGAACAUAUACAUGAAGUAAA